ACAGAGCUAGGGUGCGCGGCUAACUCCUCAACAACACUGUUCUCUCUCAUUUUUCGACGAAGAUAAAACUAAAGAAUUUUCUUUUUAAGAGCGAAAGAGAAAGGUUGGAGACGAGAGGACGCGAGAGUCUACGGACUUGGUGGAAUUCCUUUUGGAAGAACAAAGUUUCCAGAGGAACAAGAAACAAAGAGCAGUUGCCGAUAGAACGAGUGGGUCGCCGAUAGAACGAGAAGCUAGGAAAAAAGAAAAAGAAAAAGGGACGCUUUCAGUGAAGAGGUAGCUGUUGCAGCCAGGCACCUGCUUCCAUUCCUGGUGAGCCCACAGACAUCAUGACUUGUGCUGAGAAAAUCUCUGGCUUACAAUUGUCUUGCAAGAGGUCUUCAAGAAAGUGCCAACAUCAUUGAGAAGCAUGCUACACAGCUCUGCGUUCUAGCAGAAGAUUGUGACCAACCUGGUUGUGUGAAACUGGUGAAGGCUGCAAUGUUAGCGUUUUGACAGUUCCAAGUGCAAAAGGCUAGAGAUUUUUAAGUGUGAACACUUUGGAAGAGUUCGAAAACUUAGCAAAAGAGGAGGUUUCAAAAGCAACGGUCUUGCUGUUCCAUUCUGAUAGAGUAUAACACAGUUGUAGUCCAAAUAAGAGGUUUUUUUUAUUGAGAGGGAAGUGCAGUGAGAAAAAUGCGUCGUUUGAUUUUGGUUUCAUCACGUUCAAAUCUACUUCCACCUUUUCAAUGUCAAACCUUAUCCACAACCACUGUCACAGAGAGGCCUUUUCCUACCCCUCCACCUCCCGAUGAGGCCACCGUUCGCCAAACGCUGCUCUCCUUCAACAAUGAUUGGAAGCAAGCCUUGGAGUUCUUCGAUUGGGUUGAGGAAUCUCACUCCCACUGCAACUUUCGCCACUCCACUGACACUUUCAACCUCAUGCUCGACAUCCUGGCCAAGUUCUUCGAGUUCGACCUCUGUUGGCACCUCAUUCGCCGCAUGCACUCCCGCCCCUCUUCUCCCCCAAACCACACCACAUUCCGUGUCAUCUUUAAGCGCUAUGUUUCUGCCCAUCUUGUCCAAGAUGCCAUCGACACCUUCCACCGCCUCCAAGAGUUCAACCUCAAGGAUCACACCUCUUUCUCCCACCUCAUAGACGCCCUCUGCGAGUACAAGCACGUCCUUGAGGCACAAGACCUUGUCUUCUCCAAAGACACGCCCAUCGACGCAAUUGGAAACACGAAGAUCCACAACAUGGUUCUUCGUGGGUGGUUCAAAUUGGGUUGGUGGAGCAAAUGCAACGAGUUCUGGGAGGAGAUGGAUAGAAAAGGGGUUCAAAAGGACUUGCACUCAUAUUCAAUUUACAUGGAUAUUCUGUGCAAAGCGGGAAAACCUUGGAAGGCUGUCAAAUUGUUCAAAGAGGUUAAGAGGAAGGGUUUCCAAUUAGAUGUUGUGGUUUAUAACAUUCUCAUUCGAGCCAUUGGUCUUUCCCAAGGGGUUGAUUUCUCAAUUAGCGUUUUCCGUGAAAUGAAGGAGUUGGGUAUUAACCCCACUAUUGUCACUUACAACACUUUGAUUAGGCUUUUGUGUGAUUGCUACAGGCACGAGGAGGCACUUACCUUGCUUCGAACCAUGGCUCGAGAUGGUUGCCACCCCACUGCCAUUUCUUACCAUUGUUUUUUUGCCUCUAUGGAGAAGCCUAAACAGAUACUUGCUAUGUUUGAUGACAUGAUAGAGAGUGGGGUUAGGCCCAGCAUGGACACCUAUGUCAUGCUCCUGAACAAGUUUGGUAGGUGGGGGUUUCUUCGCCCGGUUUUUAUGAUAUGGAAUAGAAUGGAGCAACUCGGGUGUAGUCCUGAUGCAGCAGCUUACAAUGCCUUGAUAGAUUCUCUUGUAGACAAGGGGUUGAUAGAUAUGGCUAGGAAGUACGAUGAGGAGAUGUUAGCGAAAGGACUUUCUCCUAAGCCAAGAAAAGAGUUGGGGACAAAGCUGUUAGGAGGAGAAUCUGUUGAUUUAUUGGACGAGUAUUCUCAAAGUACCAUACAGACACACAACGUUCCACUAGUCUAGAUAAUGUACUUCAGUGGCUUAAGAUGAACUGGAAAGUUUUGUUGAACGAUAAUAGAAAGUGUUAAAUGUACUUGAUACAAAAACUUAAUGCUCGUA